AAUUUACUGCAAGUAUGCAUUGCUGAAAGCUGAGAUCGCAUGUUUGACUAACUAGACACAGUGACAUUUAACUGCCUGAACAAAAAUAACGGCGUUAUUUUGCUUUUUGCAUUGUGCUUGCUUUUCAUCAUCGCCACGGCCACCCACCAUUGGCUUGUUUAUGUUCUUUUCCCUCUCCUCCCUCGCUUUCUCUCGCACCAAAAAAAAAAAAAGAAAGAAAGCAAUGCUUAUUUGAUGAUCCUGGCUAAACCUACGCAAAGCUUGACUGCAAGCUCCGUCCAUCACCUCGGAAAGAAGAGCAAUGGCCAGCCUAGGAUCAGCUUUCAGCCGAUUCCUUUCUCUAUUCAUUCUCCUCCUCCACCUCGGCUGCUUCGUUUUCCUCCCCAAAGACCGAGAUCCCUCCUCCCGCCAUCCUCCACCCACCUCAAGGUCAAGGAAGCGCAAAACCACUUCACCCCUCGCCGGCGACCACUCCCCUCCGCCGGCUCCUCGCCUGAGACAAUCCACCACCGCUACCAAAGCCCUCGUCUCCUCCUGGUCAUACAUCAAACGCGUAUUCUCCUGCAAACCCACAAAUCCCCUGCCUCCGCCUCCCCCACUUUCCCCUGUCCUCACCUCCGCCAGAUCGUCCCAGAAAUCAAUCGUCUCCAUGAUCGCUCCCGACCAAAUCAUCAAUUCGUUCCCGGAAGAAGACGGUGCGACAAAUCCUCCUCUCCCGCCGCAAGAAUCGGACAUCUCCACCGCCGACCAUCAUUUCCCGCUCCGAAACGACAUCUUCCCCUGCACCGCCUGCGGCGAGAUUCUCCCCAAGCCGGGCCUCCUCGAGCAGCACCUCGCCGUCAAGCACGCCGUCUCCGAGCUCCGCGACGGCGACUCCGGGAACAACAUCGUCCGGAUCAUAUUCAAGGCCGGGUGGUCUUGCAAGGACAAAACCCCUGAAAUCCGCCGGAUCCUCAAGAUCCACAACAGCCCCAAGAUCCUGACCCGGUUCGAGGAGUACAGGGAGUUCGUCAAAUCCAAGGCCUCCAAAAUCGGAGGAGAAGGGCGGAGGAGGGACGAGCGGUGCAUAGCCGACGGGAACGAGCUGCUGAGGUUCCACUGCGCUACUUUCGUCUGCGAUUUGGGGCUAAACGGCGGGUUCGGGUUCGGGUCGGGUUUCAGCAGCAGCAGCAGCAGCAGCCUCUGCAACCAGCAGUACUGCAGCGUAUGCGGGAUAAUCAAGUCCGGAUUCUCGCCGAAGAUGGACGGGAUAUCGACGCUUUCCACCAGCUGGCGGGCGCACGCGGCGAUUCCGGAGGAGAUCGAGGAGGAGUUCCAGUUCAUGAAUGUGAAGCGGGCGAUGCUGGUCUGCCGGGUCAUCGCGGGCCGGGUCGGGUCGGAGAUGGAGGAGGAGGAGGAGGAGGUGGACAAGGAUGGCGGCGGGUUCGAUUCCUUGAUGGGGAGAGGAGUCGGCGGCGGCGGCGGGGAUGAUGGUGGUGGGCUCCAUCAUGCCAAGCUGGACGAAGAGGAGCUGUUGGUUUUUAAUCCGAAGGCUGUGCUUCCUUGCUUUGUGAUUGUAUAUACCGUGUGAGCGUGAGAACGGCUGUAUGCUAUGAUUUUUUGUGCUGUUAUUUAUUAUUUAGUUUAUUUUUGAUUUGGCUUAAUGAUGAUGCUUUGUUGGACAUGUUGAGUUGAGAGACAGGAGGGAUGGGCUUUGUUUGGCUUUUUUGGGUUAAAUUAUUACGGGGGAGGGCCCAAAACAAAAGUGGUCACUUUGUAUAAUGCCUUCUAUAAGUGAGUGAGUCGAAUGUCACUAUUGUUGUGAUUAUAGUGUUGAAUUAGGAGUUGGCAUGCUCAUCUUUUUUUGCGUUGGUUUGCUGCUUUUUCUUAUAGCCCUUUCGGUUCCAGGCUGUGAGUUUGCGAUAAAUUAUAGUGGAUUAU